UCCGACCGUAUAUUUGAUCGAUAAGUUCACGGUAACACUGAUAAGAUUUGUGACAACGAAUCCAGCGGCCAAACUGACCAAUCAGUCAAACAAAAAACCACGGAACAUGGGCAAACACAGAACUGCGCAGCAAGAUGCCAUAUUCAUCGCAUUUAUGGAGAGACACCCAAUGAUAGCCAUAAACUACCUCAAGGGUGAUAAGCUGGUGCCGAUGCUAAUGGACAUUGCAAAGGAGCUGCAGGACAUGAAUAGACAAACUCGCUUGAACGCCCAGCGCACAGAAGCCAAUACGGACGCGCUUUUGGCUCUAGGCACACAGAUCUCAGACCUAAUGCAGCAACAGCUCAAGGAGCGCAAGCGUCUUAAUGCUGUAAUGGAGAAAUUUGUUCACAAAAUGGAAACAACCGACUAACUAGUUCCACUAUUUAUACCCGAUACUCAAAAUGAGUAU